GCGCAUAAACAGCUGAUGAUCUGCUGCCCAAGUUUGCUGGACGUUAAACGUUCGUGACGCGAGGCCCAGUCGCACGGGCCUUUUUAUUUCUCUUUAUUAGUUAAUCAUGGGAACUUCAAACGCAGUUUCCCAAAUACCAGCUCCAGUGUUCACUGUAAAAUAAGCAAGUGGUAAGUUGGCACAUGGAGGAAGGAAUAGGCACGUACUGGACUUUUUAAUUACAAGUUGGAAGAAAACAUGUUGUGUCUACCUUCUAGACCUCACACACAAGUGACAUCACUCCUGGGUAUAUAGCCUGCUAGCUGAAGGUUGGCAGUCACAGCCAUGGGAUCGAAUAAAUGUCCGUCCUCGGAUGUUCAGAAGCUGCUGCAGAGCCAGUCCUCAGUCCUGGACCGACUCAUCCAGGGAGGCGGACCAUUUGACCUGCUGCUCCAGAAGAUUCUCCUGAGACGGGAUGGCCCCGGAGAGCAACACGCAGACGUUGUCAAGGAAUCGCUGAAGGCUUCUGAUGCCAUUGUCUGCGACGUUAUCAAGAGGGUGGCAGCGGAGCUGGAAGGGGGCUCGGCGCACUGCUGCCUUCAGGAGACAGAACUUGAGGUUUGUCUGAUCUCCAGACUGGAACAGAUCCUGGAGUUGUGCAUUUUGAGGCUAAGAACCAAAGUCUCCUCCCUGGAGGCUCUGACUGCUCUGUCUGUGAUCUUCAAUCCGAGCACCAGCUUCAACCAAACAGAAGCAUGGUCUUCCCGGUCCGGCUACUCCAAGACGUCAGUUCUAGCACAGACCAUUAACUACUUUGGUAGUUGCGACGGUUUUGAGUUAGUGCGACGGCAGCUCAGGAAUGCCAGAGAUCUUUCCAUUGGCCACAUUGCUGCACUGCUCAGACCAUUUGGUCAGUGUUACCCGCAGCUGUCAGCAGACACGGUGAAGAGUUAUUUCCUACCCACAGUGGAUCUGGUGUGUUCCCACCUGCUUUCAUGCUCAGACCGUCAACUCUUCCAGCAGGACAUACCCACUGGUGAGCUACCGUCUUGCCUGAUUGGGCCCCGUGCUGCCUAUGUCAUAGUCGAGUCUGUGAUGAAUCUGCUGUCUGUGGUCAAAUCAGAGGAGGUGGAUGCAGAGGUCAAGGUGCAAUAUUGGCAGGAAACUAUCCUCACCAGGCUGAAACGUGCUAUGGAAGACGACACGAAAUCAGCCUCUGCCGCAGCCAAGAAGGAUUCUGCAGUGUCUGACUUACAGCAGGACAAAUUGCUUCAUGCUUGUGUACCAAAGAGUAGCAACAAUGGAACGGAAAUGGAUGAGAAAGACAGUGCCUCACACCCUGAAAACAAAACUGGCAGUAGUGUUGAGGGUAAACCGUCCACGUCAGGACACGGUGGUCCGAGUGAAGUAGCUCAGGAGGCCUUGGAGGUCAACAUUUUACCCUAUGGCCCAUUGGCAUAUGCCCACAGCGACUCUUCCUCCAGCGAUCACGAUGCCCAGCCACACACCCCACCCUCUGCUAGUGUCAUCCCCCAGGAGGUGAUCAUCCGUGGGCAGGGACCCUAUCGCGAGGUCAUCCCGGUUGGGACCAUGGCCUACCAGAGCGACACACCGGCAGGCCCCUCAGCAAUUGUGGGCAUCCCUGGAGCCGGGACCUUGCCUCGGCGCAAUGACUCCAGCGACAGCUCCUCCCUGGUGUCCUCCGUGCCCCGCUCGGCCAGCGAGCUAGGCAACACCUGCCGGGUCUGCUUCGAGGCCGAGACCUCGCCCAAGAACCGGCUGAUCCGGCCCUGCCGCUGCGCGGGGUCAGCGGCCAGCAUUCACCGCCAGUGCUUGGUCAAGUGGAUCCACAUCUCGGGCAAUCGGCGCUGUGAGGUUUGUAAUGCACGCUUCAGCUAUGUGCCCUUCUCCGAGAGGAUGCGUGGGUUCAUGGAGAAGUUCCGGCAGAACAGGAGAUGGCGCAAUGCUGCCUUUGCUGUUUUGGUCGGUCUGGUGGUGAUUCUGUACCUCAUCAUCUUUGCAGUGUUCCCCGGCGGCAUCAUGAAUGUAUAAUGGCACCACAGUAAGAGUCCAGGAACCAUACCUGGGAUCAGGCAUGCUAACUUUCAGAUGCAGUUUACCUGUAGUGGAAUUUCAUACAUGUACAUGUAGACAGCAGGGUGCUGGUUGCUUCAUGAUAGUGUACUGGAACAAGUGGAAAGGAACUCCUUGGGUCGCGUGUUUGCACAAAUGCUCACUGUACUUGAACAGGCUUGGUUAAAUUUCUCCUCGUCCCAAGAGUCAAGUUUUUACUUCCAUGUUUCCCCCCUUUCUGUCCCUCUUUCUGGUAUGCCUAAAGCUAAGAAAUGAAGUUAUGGAAAGGCUCCAAAUAGUUGCCAGUAAUGAAACAUUUCUCAGCAAGAGGACUGUUCCUGGCUACAGCCAUUACCAGUCGUGAAGCUCAGCUGUUGACAGGCUGUCCUAAUAAAUUGCUAACAAGGCCAUUGAUAAAAGUAAUUUACCGUAGGGUGAGACGAAUCGUUUGUAGAUAACGAUAACGGGAUGUACAUAGAACAUGCAUUUAGCCAGCGUAUCGGGACUUUAGCUUCUGCGUAAGAGUUUUCUGAAGUUCAGCCCAGCAUACACCGGAAGACGCCGAUAGAAAUACCUGACUAUGUUUCCCGUUUCCUGCUCAAACUACAUGUAUGAGUACCUACAGGUGAUACUGUAUAGCGUACAGUAGGAAUUACGUGUAUUUGUUGAACAGGUUAAAGGGUUUACUUUCCAUCUGGGAAUUCUGUACAUACUGGUAGCUAGCCCGUCACAGAGAACAGAGAUUUAAGGUGUGACCAGCUUGCAUGUAAAUGUACUUGGCUUAGGCUGAAAUUGACAUCUGCCCCUAUGGAAGCCAUGGCGCAAUUGGUUAGUGGCUAUGGCCAGUUCUCAUUGGUAAACAUUGCCAGUGCAUGACAUGUGAAUGAUACAUGCGCGCUUGUAGCAUGUCACAUGAUUAGUUCGCAACCAAUAAAAAUUGACUACUGUAUCUACGACCAUGGUAUUUAACAAUCAAGAUUGUAACAUUUUGAAAGAAACUCUGUACAUUGACACCCAAUUUGUACAUGUGACCGAGUCUACCACAAGCUCAUCAUAAGUGAAAUUACUAGCAUAAUUCAGUCACUAGUAACUGGUGAUGAACAAUGUUAAUUAAUAACCACUUCACACUGGAUGACCUGUAAAUGCACAGGGAUUUCCUGUGUCAUAACAUGAACAAUCUUUAAACACGCUCUGGCCAAUCCAUAUUUAGUACUGCCUGACAUCUGUCCGAUGUCUUAGUGGUUUCAUCAUACUCGUGCAUGCCCACUGAUUAGAAGCUCCCUUUGCAUGAGGGCUCAAGUGGCACAUUAAGAUUCCAGUUCCAUGGUUCCAUGUGCAGUGGGCGUGGUUUAAACUGAAGUGCCGUUAGACUUACAAUCUUGAUACUCAUCCCGAUGCUUGAAUACUUGAACACACACAAAGGCUCACACGAGUCCAUGGAGGUUUAACGUGUGGAGUCCUCGAGCAGCCGUGGGCUACAGUUGGGCAUUGUACUGAAGUAAAUACCGCUUAACAAAGUGAUCCUGAAGUUUCAAAAAAGCAACGAUGCAGUAAAAGCGUCGCAGAUAUCUCAAACGAAUGACCUUAGAGAGGCAGGACGUGUAAAGACCAACUUUGUAAAGGACGUUGGUUGGGGUAUUUUGUUUUAAAAAGCCGGUAUUUUCGGCAGAAAAUUACAUCCUGUCAGAGACACCAAAUUCUUAGUGGAAUAAACCCAUCAGCAAGUGGUUAAGGGAAUGCCUUGACACUUCAUUUAGAGAAGCUUAGUACUCUUGUUAUGAUGGCUUGUGUUGGACUUAAGUGUAUACAGGUUGAAAGUGUACAUGCUUUUUU